AUCCUUUCCUUCCUGCUUGCUUGCUAGCUUCGCUCAGCUGUUGGCACUUGGCUGUCCAAGUGGUGCGUUUGUGAUCCUCCAGCUAUCCCUUAACGAAAUCGGGUCGUAUUUAGGAGAUUUUACAAUAGUUAUACUAACAAAAGCUGCGACAUAUAGACCAGGUACUUAUAUCAGAAAGGCUUUCGAACCUCUGGGACAUGGCCAGACAAGAGCAAGUCCUCCAGCUUGAGCCACCACACGAACUGAAAUUUAGAGGUCCAUUUACAGAUGUCGUCACGGCCACCCUGAAGCUAGGUAACCCAACAGACAGAAAUGUGUGUUUUAAAGUGAAGACGACAGCGCCUCGUCGAUACUGUGUCCGUCCAAACAGUGGCAUCAUUGACGCAGGCACUUCCAUCAAUGUAUCUGUUAUGCUACAGCCUUUCGACUAUGAUCCCAAUGAAAAGAGCAAACACAAAUUCAUGGUGCAGUCCAUGCUUGCUCCAUAUGACAUGACUGACAUGGAAGGGGUGUGGAAAGAGGCAAAGCCAGAGGAGCUGAUGGACUCCAAGUUGAGAUGUGCAUUUGAGCUGCCACUAGAGAAUGACAAAACUCAUGACAGUGAAAGCAACAAAAAUGUGUCCUCUACCCCCAUAAAGUCAGAGCUCUCCUCACUCCCUAAGUCUGCCAGCUCCUCCCUGGAUGACGGCGAGGUGAAGAAGAUCAUGGAGGAGUGCAAGAGGCUGCAGAUGGAGGUCCAGAGGCUACGGGAAGAGAACAAACAGAUCAGGGAGGAGGAUGGUCUGCGGAAGAGGAAGGUCACGUCCAUGGCGUCCUCUCCCCACUCAUCUUCCUCACAGGCCAUGAUAAGGGAGGAGGGCCUGAGUACCCGCGUGCUGGCGCUCUGCGUGCUGUUCUUCGUCAUCGGUGUCAUCAUCGGGAAAUUGGCCCUGUAGAUGUAGCCAGCGGCAGCAUGCUCGGAGGACCGAAAAAAAACAAACAUCAACAAUGGGAUGUGUACUUGUUUUUUUGCAUAAUGCAAUAUCACAUGGGUUUAUUUGAGUUGUGAAAUUAUUUACCAUAAAAAAGCAAAGGUAAUCUAGUGAAAUAAUGAAAAGAACCGGUCACGAGUCAUCUUGCCUUUUAAUCACUGUAUUUUCCAUCCCUACUUGCACAGAUACAAUACAAAUCAUUGUGUGGGGAUUGGGGAAAUUGCAACGUUGUGUUCUAUAAGCAUCAAUGAUAGCAAUGUGUUCCAGCAAGGUCAAGGCUUUUCAUACAGCAGAACUAAUGUGACUGAGUUCUAUGACAUUGUGUGAAUGUUUUAAUCACUGCAUUUUUAAGGCAAGGAGACCGUGCAUUGUGUGUGAGUCGAGAGGCUGCCAGUGAAUUUUAGCAUGAGGGGGGUAAUUAUGUAAAUCCUGUCAUCCAACUGAUUCCUGUAUGAAACAUAAAAUGGAUUUUGGGGGGGGUAACUGAAAAAUAAAAUGUUAACCAUCAUUUUGUCCAAGACAGACCCCUGUCCAAUGCAGUAGGUUGCUUUUUAUUUUUAUAAUCAAUUAGAUUAAAAACACAUUUCUAUCACAGAAUAUGUACUGUCUCAUAGUGCUGCAGUGAGUUAGGUCUACACAUUUUAGUGUGUUAUUUAGUGACAGUCUGAGGUGAAGGCACAGAAUUGGUGACAUGUAAUUUGGUCAAAGCCCCAGCCUGUGAAGGAUGUCUUCAGGAUCAGUAUGUGGGUGGUGCCUUUUGCAUCUCUGAUAUUUUAAGUAGAAAUGUUGCACCAAUAUUGAAUUUUAAGUCUGUUAUAUUAAAUUAAGUGCCCUUUAACAUAGACCACAUUAAUUCAAUAAAUCAGUUGUUUUUUGCAUGAA